GAGAAUUUUAAGUAAGUCGUACAAAGAAUGAGUUCUUAGCGCCCACUCAACAGGCUCCAUUGAGUACACUUUAUGCACUGCAGUAAUGCAACGCUUUUAAGAAGGAUUUAUGAGAAACCGAGAUGAACAAUGGUAAGAUAUUUAAUGGAGACACAGCUUGGUUUUCUUCCAGUGUGUCACAGAAAGUGAAGAAUUUGUGGAAAAGAAAUGGUGGACAGAUGUCACCACUGGAUUCAGCCAUGUUCAUUUUCAGUCGAGAUUUCACUGCACUAGAUACAUUGCAGAUCUUCAGCAGUGAGGCCUACCUGGAUGAGCACCUGGCUGUAAUACAUCCUAUGUAUAUCUCUGACAGUGUCACCAAGGGAUCAAAGACUGUCCUAAUGCAGUACAAACUUCCUCCAGAAGAGGUGUACCAAGCAACUAAAGACAAACAAGUUUACAAAUGGGACAGAAACUCGGACCUGAAGAAUGAACAACAGCAAGUCAGAACAGGCAGACAGACUUGCAGAAGAGCAAAGUUGUGUCUGGAUGAAAAUACGGGCAAUGAAUCUGAAGGAGCCAAAACCAGAAGAAGACAGGGACCAAGUUACACAGACAGUGAAAAUGACAGUUCUGUCACCAUGACCACAGAGAGACAGCAGUCAGCUGUCGUGCCAAGGGAAGUGCUAGAAGAUAUGUGCCAUAUUGAUGAUAUUCCCAAAAUAACUGGUGUGUUAGAGGAAUUUAUUCCAGGAAAGAAUGGCUGUGAAGUUUUUAAAAAGUGAGUUAACAUUUCGUCUGAUGGAUUAAGAAGACUACAUUGUGGACCCAGAGAUGGGAUUAUAAACUGUUUUUCAUUGUUUCAAACUAUAACGUUAUCUAUGGAGGCAGCUACAAAUGUCCAUGAUCACAGAAUAUUCAUUUAAAAGCACUACAAACAAUAUUAACUGACAAAGAAUACCUUUAUACGGAUGAAUUUUAAAAUUUUUCUUGUAACCAAGUCUGUGCAUUACUGGUAAUGUCUUUUUAAAAGAUUGAUAUCAUUAUUUGAUUUGUCAUGCACACAAGCAUAAUACAGUGUAUACAUAUUUUUGUGAAACAAAUGUUUUAAAAAAUGUAAACCAAUUAAUUCAUAACUUUUUUUAUUGUAACAACACAUUUCAGACAUUUUCAUUUUUUAUGUUGCAUGCUGUUUCUCAAAACUGUGAAUAAAUAGACAGCACUAUAUACAUUGUAAUACAUGUGAUUUCAUUUGUAUAAUUACCAUAUCAUAUCCAUUUCUUUUUUGUGUGUCACAAGAUUUGCUAAAAUGCGAAAAAAAUGUAGCAUUUUUAAUUUGCAUCAGUCAUUUUUUGUGAUUUUAAAAUUUCUCACAGAACAUAAUUACAAGAUUUUUCUGCGUAUUCAAUAUUUUGAGAUUUAAAUUAUCAGAUAUACCGUAUGAACCUAUUAUGAAUUGCAGUAUAUUUUUUACAUAAUCCUUAUAUGGAAAUAAAUAAUAAAAUUAAAAAAAAAGAAAGAAUUCAAUUGUUGUUGUUGUCAUGAAUGACCCAUUUUAGAUUUAAUAUUUUAGGUUCCUAUUAAACAAAAUUUACUGAUACUUCAAGCAAUGUAUUUAUCUUGCCAAAAUAUAUAGAAGAUAUCUAUAUUGUGCAAUUUUAUAUUUGCUUUAUCCAACGAGUUGAAAUGGUGUAUAUUUUCGCGAGGCUUGUCGAGCUAAUUUAACCAUUUCAACGAGUUGGAUAAAGCAAAUAUAAAAUCACACAAUUAUAGAUGUUCUAUUUAUCUCAUACAACUUGAUUUAUAUCAUGAAGUUUUUGAGACAAUCCCUUAUAUAUGACCCAAUUUUUUUUCAAAGAUUAAAUGAUGAUGCAACGUUGUGUUAUGUGGUUAUUGUGCCCUUGUGCAUUACAAUUUAGUAUGUCAUUUCGGAGAUAAGUAUAACUAUUUUGAAGUAAAGUUUCACUGAAAUAAACCUUGAAAUAAUUUUUUAUCUGUAAAUGAUUUUUCUUAGAGCUUAAUCACUUUAUUAAUUAGAGCUUAAUCACUUUAUUAAAUGGGAAUACUGAUUAGAAGACUUGAAUAAUCAAGUUUGUUGACAUACACAAAAGUUGCGAAUGCUCGCUUGUUUGAAUUGACUGGAACCAUUAACAGUUGUUGAUGUUUUAUAAAACAAACACCAGCCUAAUAAUUCAAAGACUAAAGAUGCUUACUGGUGGUGAAAUAAAAGACUUGGGAGACAUUAUUUAGGUAUGUUCUUUUUAUAGAAACAGAACGAAAGCGCUCUGUUUUCAUCCAGUCUGGAUGAACUCCUUGAUAGCUAAGUUAGCUAGGCCUAAUGCGAUUUGAAAUUUUUUAAACUACACAGUUAUGUGUUUUCCUUCAUAAUCGUAAUUCAAUUCUUCGAUAAAAUCCAUUUUUAAUCAAGUUUUGGUAGUAGAUAUACAGAGUGUCCCAGAAUAUCUGAUACCAUUUGAAAUUCGCAGAAAUUGAAUAUUAUUUGGCCAAAAAUUGUAUAUUGUACGAAAGACGAAUUGGCCCACAUUAAAAAAUAUUUUUAUCUUGUAAGUACGAGAAAAGAUCUCGUUAUUGUGAGUUAAUUAUUUUGAAAUAACGAGAAAAGAUCUUGCAAUAAUGAGAAAAGAUUGCGGAAUUAUGAGUUAAUUUUCUUGUUAUUACGAGAAAAGAUCUCGUUAUUACGAGUUAAUUUUCUCAUUAUUACGAGAAAAGAUCUUGUUAUUACAAGUUUAUUUUCUCGUUAUUGCGAAAAAAGAUCUCGUUAUUACAAGAAAAGAUUUUUUAUUAAAUGGUGCAUUUCUGAAAAGACCUCCAAGUCGACUGGUUCACCCUUUCAGUUUACCUUUUUCUUUCAAGAAACGUUAAUUCAAUUUUGAUUACUUUAAAUAACAACGGCAAUUAUUCAUUAAAUUGUACAUAAAAUGAUUGGAUUUGACAUUUUAUCUUGUAUGAAUAAGUGGAAAGAACUUCAUGUAAUUUUACUUUUCAUCUUAAAUAUUAUAAUCCUACACCAAAGUAAAUACCAGGUAUUCCUAGUUGUAAAAACACAAUUUUAUUUGUUACAAAUAUGACUUAAUGACUAUAUAGUUUCAAUCAUGGAUAUAGAGGCUUUACCCGAAUUCUAUGUUCAUACACAACCUAUAUGUAUAUUGAAAAUAUUAAUUGAUUUUGUAUAUUAACAUUUUGGAGUCUGAAAACAAAUUACAUGUAUUCUUCUUAUUAAUACAUGUAAAUACAUGUAGUUCCAUUAAAUUAAUUAAUCUGCUUCGCUGUUUCUUCUGAAAUUUCUUGGAUCGAUUUUAUAUCAAAUUUUGUGUAUGCUUUUAAACGAUGAUUAUGCUAAGUAUGUGUAUAAUAAAAGACAUUGCAGUAGUUCAUACACUUCACAUGAAGGGAAUAGAACAAUGAAACGCGCCAUUUUGAAUUGAUCUUUUCUCUAAAUAACGAAAUAAUUAACUGGUAAUAACAAGAUCUUUUCUCAUUAUU